CCUUCAAUGAUGCCGACUGCAGUAUGUAUAAUAGUAGCGAGGGCUGCACCGGGAGUGUAGGAGCAACUGCGACAAGGUCGACAACGGCAUCCUACUCCGAACAACAGAGAACACAGAGGUAGACAGGAUUUAGUCCGGCGGCCAAGCGAGUCAAAAUAACCGGGGCUAUUUUGGAUUUACUGCCACGGAAGAAGGAGGACGAAAGUGGCUGAACGUUCCCAGCCCGUAGCCUAAUGUUCCGAGGCAGCUAACGAGCUAUCCGUCACCACCAACGCUCACCGCGCGUCUGCUCUGCGCCUUCUUUGAGCAGGCAGACCAGUGUGUUCCUCCCCACAUAUAGGAAGACAAUUGUGUGUUUGUUACGGGGUGACUCUCGGGCUUGUACACUUCCUCCACUCAGUUUGUGGGCUACAACGUGUUUCCCCCCACACUCUUUUUACGUUCAUCGGUGUUUUUGUGCCAUGUCAGCGCCAUCCUCCACACCCUCCGCCCCGGCAGAGAGCGCCGCGACGGAAUAUGAUUUUCUAGCCCCGGAUGCUGGGCUGAGGCCGCCCGGUCCGACGCCCAGCCAGAGUCGGUUCCAGGUGGACCUUGUUGCUGAAGCAGCGGGCGCCACCGAAGAUAAGUCCCCGAGUUCCGACGCCUCCACCACUGUCCCAUCCAGCUACAAGGCCAGCCCCAUCGCUCCUCUUGAGGGUAACGGUGCUGAUCUAGGUGUCGGUGGAGAGGAAGCCAAAGGCCGGUUUCGGGUGGUGAACUUCGCGGACCCGAGCGGAGCGGGGAGCGCGGCCUCUCCGGAGGCAGCGCCAGCCGAGGGACUGCAGAACGGGGACACGGUGAUGAGCGAGACCAGCUUGCAUUCAUCCACAGGCGGUCAGCAUCAUUAUCACUAUGACACACACACCAACACCUAUUACCUGAGGACUUUUGGCCACAAUACCAUCGAUGCCGUGCCCAACAUCGAUUUUUAUCGGCAGACAGCAGCGCCGCUGGGGGAGAAACUCAUCAGACCCACCCUGUCGGAGCUCCACGACGAGCUAGACAAGGAGCCAUUUGAGGAUGGGUUUGCCAAUGGUGAUGAGCUGACUCCAGCUGAGGAGGCUGCUGCUAAAGAAGCAGCCGACUCCAAAGGUGUGGUCAAGUUUGGCUGGAUUAAGGGAGUGCUGGUCCGCUGCAUGUUGAACAUUUGGGGUGUGAUGCUCUUCAUCCGCAUGUCAUGGAUCGUGGGUCAGGCUGGAAUCGCUCUCUCCUGUUUAAUCAUUGCCAUGGCUACCGUAGUGACGACCAUCACCGGCCUCUCCACCUCUGCCAUUGCCACCAACGGAUUUGUUCGAGGAGGUGGAGCUUAUUACUUGAUUUCAAGGAGUCUGGGCCCAGAGUUUGGAGGUUCCAUUGGUCUGAUCUUUGCAUUUGCCAAUGCAGUGGCUGUAGCUAUGUAUGUGGUGGGCUUUGCUGAAACUGUUGUGGAACUUCUUAAAGGUGUGGAUGCCGUUAUGACAGAUGAAAUCAAUGAUAUACGAAUCAUCGGGACCAUCACAGUAAUCCUUCUCCUGGGCAUCUCUGUGGCGGGAAUGGAAUGGGAGGCCAAGGCCCAGAUAUUUUUGCUCGUGGUCCUCAUCACAGCCAUCAUCAACUACUUCAUCGGAACUUUCAUUCCUGUCAAGUCGAAGGAAUCUGUGGGCUUCUUUGGCUAUGACGGUUCAAUCAUGUGGGAAAACAUGGGUCCUGACUUCAGAGGCGAGACGUUCUUCUCUGUCUUUGCCAUCUUCUUCCCUGCAGCCACUGGUAUUCUGGCCGGAGCUAAUAUUUCAGGAGACCUCGCUGACCCUCAGCUGGCCAUUCCUAGAGGAACCCUGCUGGCCAUUUUGAUCACAGGGAUAGUCUACCUAGGUGUUGCUGUCUCAACAGGCUCCUGCAUUGUGAGAGAUGCCAGUGGAAAUGCAAGUGACACAGUUAGUUCUCAAUUCAUGAUGAACUGUACUGAUGCUUCCUGCAAAUUUGGCUAUGAUUUUUCUUCGUGUAAGAGUGAAAAAGGCGGAUGCCGCUAUGGACUCCGGAAGGACUUCCAGGUGAUGAGCGUGGUUUCUGGUUUUGGGCCCAUCAUCACUGCUGGAAUCUUCUCUGCCACUCUGUCCUCAGCUCUUGCCUCUUUAGUCAGUGCACCCAAAGUUUUUCAGGCUUUAUGUAAGGACAACAUCUACCCAGGCUUGGGCAUGUUCGCUAAAGGCUACGGCAAGAACAACGAGCCCCUCCGAGGCUACAUCCUCACCUUUGGUAUUGCUCUGGCUUUCAUCCUUAUCGCUGAGUUGAACGUCAUUGCCCCCAUCAUCUCCAACUUUUUCUUGGCAUCCUAUGCCUUGAUCAACUUUUCUGUAUUCCAUGCUUCACUGGCAAACUCACCAGGAUGGCGCCCCAGCUUCAAAUACUACAACAUGUGGGUUUCUCUUGCUGGAGCUGUGCUGUGCUGUGUGGUGAUGUUCGUCAUCAACUGGUGGGCUGCUCUCCUUACCAACGUCAUUGUUCUGGGUCUUUUUAUCUAUGUCAGCUACAAGAAGCCAGAUGUGAACUGGGGCUCAUCGACCCAGGCUCUGACCUAUCACCAGGCCCUGACCCACACUCUGCACCUCAGUGGAGUAGAGGACCACGUCAAGAACUUCAGACCCCAGUGUUUGGUGAUGACUGGUUACCCAAACUCUCGUCCAGCUCUUCUCGACCUGGUCCACACCUUUACUAAGAACGUAGGCCUGAUGAUCUGUGGACAUAUUCGCACAGGCUACAGGAGGCCAAACUUCAAAGAUCUGGCCACAGACCAGACCCGGUACCAACGCUGGCUACUGAAGAAUGAGACCAAGGCCUUCUACACACCAGUGUUUGCUGAGGACAUGAGGCAUGGUACACAGUACCUGCUCCAGGCUGCUGGACUGGGUCGCCUGAAGCCGAACACCCUGGUGCUGGGCUUCAAGAAUGACUGGAGGGAUGGCGACAUGAUGAACGUGGAGACUUACAUCAGUAUGAUCCACGAUGCCUUUGACUUCCAGUUUGGUGCUGUCAUUCUGCGACUGAAAGAGGGACUGGAUGUGUCCCACAUCCAAGGACAAGAUGAGUUGCUGUCCUCUCAGGAGAAAUCCUCAGGAACGAAAGACGUGAUUGUGUCCAUAGACACCAGUAAGGACUCUGACGCAGAUUCAUCCAAGCCGUCCUCCAAGGCCACCAGUCUCCAGAAUAGUCCAGCUAUCCAGAAAGAUGACGAUGAUGAUGGCAAAGCUACAACUCAGCCCCUGUUGAAAAAAGACAAGAAGAGCCCAACUGUACCACUGAAUGUGUCUGACCAGAGGCUGCUGGAGGCCAGCCAGCAGUUCCGGAAGAAACAAGGGAAGGGCACAGUGGAUGUCUGGUGGCUGUUUGAUGAUGGAGGUCUGACCCUGCUCAUCCCCUACCUGCUCACCAACAAGAAGAGGUGGAAGGAAUGCAAAAUCCGUGUCUUCAUUGGAGGCAAGAUCAACAGGAUUGAUCAUGACCGCCGAGCGAUGGCUACUUUGCUAAGCAAGUUCAGGAUAGACUUCUCGGACAUCACCGUGCUGGGAGACGUAAACACCAAGCCCAAGAAGGAGCACAUGGCGGCCUUUGAGGAGAUAAUCGAGCCGUAUCGGCUAAAGGAAGAUGACAUGGAGCAAGAGGCAGCUGAGAGGCUUAAGAACAAUGAACCCUGGAGAAUUACUGACAAUGAGCUGGAGCUAUACCGCGCCAAGACUAAUCGUCAAAUCAGACUCAACGAGCUGCUGAAGGAGCACUCAAGCACAGCCAACCUCAUUGUCAUGAGUCUGCCAUUGGCCAGGAAGGGCGCGGUGUCCAGCGCCCUGUACAUGGCCUGGCUGGAGGCGUUGUCUAAGGACCUGCCUCCCAUCCUCCUGGUGCGUGGCAACCACCAGAGUGUCCUCACCUUUUACUCUUAAAUACACAUGGAGAACACAAUUCAAGUUUUUAAGUCUCACAUCCACAUCUGCCUGCGGGAGCAGAUCCACAUACACAUCCAGUUCCAGUCUUAAUCUAAAGGUGCACCACAUACACUCCAGAGAUGGUAGAAAACACAGCAAACUAAUAGAAACAAUGCUGGUAACGUGAAUAAAGCUGAAGAAUUCAAUAAUGGUCAAUAAUGGUAGAGAUGUGUAAAAGCCCUACAAGUGAUGGAGGUAUGAUAGGGUUGGAAUGGGGGGUGGUUUUAAGGUUGCCCACUCUGCUCCUUUCUUUCUUUUUAUUCUAAGAUGUCUGGGUUUUUCUACUGUAGCUCUAGUUUCUUCUAAUUUCCUCAUGACAUUUCAUUUUUGUCAAAGUUUAUUUCUCUCAGGCUCCAAAGCAGUCGUGCACAAGGUUCACGUUGUUGUUCUCGUGAUAUGAAAUAUCUUGAUGUCAUACUUGUUAAGUUCAUUGGACCAGUUGUUUUAUUUGUGAUGCAGCAAUAAUCACCCUGUUGUUUUCCUUUAAUAUUGGGAGAGAACCAUGCAGAAUGCUUUGCAACACCUUCUAAAGCCUUAUGGAUGUGCCUUCCAGUUGAAUCAGAUGAAAGAAUUAUAAUCUCUAUCCAGAUUGACAAUAUUGCUUAAUAUAUUAGUGGACAAUAGUUAGUUUAUUGAGCUUUAAAUGUUAUUCCUUCUUAGUUGGAGCAUUGUAUUUAUAGGAGUGGAUUGUAUGAAUUUAAUGAAGGGUGUCCACUUGAUUGCAUGAAGACUUUCUCUUUUACCCUAAUCAGCAUGUUUGUUUUGGGCCAUAGCGUUUUUAUUUUUUAUUCACUUUUGAGUCUUCCUUUUUAAAGCUGUUGAAAAUUUACGAUAUUUACACCUCAGCUUCUCGACACAAGACAGUUUGUCUUUUAGGCACAUUGCCUAAAAUGUUUAUCUGGGUCUUAGAUUUAAGAUCUUGUUGUUCAUGAGAAAAGAUAUGAAGCCAGUUUUCCAUUCACCUUGUCAGGUUGAAAUACCGUCUUUCCCAUGUAGCUGCUGAGUGACUACAUUAGUCUUUCUUUCAACAAUUUUUGUGUUUCUGUGUCCACAUGUAUGGUUCUUCCCCUGAAAAGAAACUGCUCUAUCCAACAAGCUAGCUAAAACCAUGCCUUAAUGCUAGAACUAAUGAUUGUCAUGAGUUCCUCUUCUCUUAUAAGCCAUACUGGCUGGAUGGUUUGUGGGUAAAUGCAGAUAGCGAUCCAUUGACCACAUGUUAUGAGAAAUAUUUCAGCACAAUUGUCUUCUUUACUGUAUAUACAUUUUGAUUUUCUUCCCAUAGUCCACCUGCAUUAGUCUGUUGCAUUGCUUACUGUGGGCCUGCUUGUUAGUGAAGUGGUCAAUCAGUAACAUAUUCCACUUUGUCAAAGUUAGUGCCACAGUAGACUUGAGUUUUGCACUCCUGCAAGCCUAUCUGGCUGCUUGUUUGCAGUCUGAGUGUAUGAUGGACUGCUGGUCUCCCAUUCUGACAAAGCCUAGAUAGGCAUAGAGAAUGAACGACACGCAAGCCUCAUACUGCAAGGCUUGCUGGCAGGAAGAAUGUGACAUUAGAAUGUGUCAAGGCUGAAGAUAUACCUCUAUGCAUAUGAGCUUGUGUUGCUUAAGUACUUGUAAUAAAAGUCCAUGUACAGUACAUGUGAAAGGAUCUACAUGCCUCAGUUCAUAUAGGGGGCACAUCAGGCACUGGCUUGUAGCCUUUUUACGAGUACCAUGGCUCCAACAGAAGCCAUGUAUAGACCAUUUCACUAUUUUUAACACUGAUGUUCUAAAAUAGGUUGAAUGUAUCCUGCUGCUCUACUAUGGUCAUAGACAAUAUUGUCUUCAGAGAGACUGAUUUCUUCUUUUACUGAGCUGCUACUUUUUGGAGGCAAAGUUACAUUUUUUCUAAAGGUGCAUUCAGACUGAAUGCAAAGCGAAUUUCAAAAGCUCCACCAAUGUUUAUCAAAUCAGUGCAAAGAGUGCAUGCAAAUUUACCCCGGGCAGCCCAUAUUGAGUCAGAGACACAUCUGAGUGAGUCAAGUUUCAGUACAAGGACAAAAAUCCUGCUUAUCCCAAGGAGCUCCAAGUCAAGACAAUAGGGAGACUAGAAAAAGAAAACAAGCUGAGUCUUCAGAAGAAUACAGAAUGAAUAGGAAGUUAAUGGAGGGUUUGGAAAUUGAAGUUGCUAGCCAGCUUAAAUUGAAUGGCUGGGCAGUCAUAAGAGGCGAAUAAACACUUCAGCAGUUAAAUUGCAUAUAUAACAUGAAGCAAAAAUCUGUGUUGAGUCUGAGCACACCUUAAGGUUGGCAUCUUUGGUGCCCACAUAAAUAUUCUGUUUGAGUGCAUUGCCCUGAAAUUAAUAAUUCCAUUUGAAUUGCAGAAAACAUAAGAGACCAUGGUACCAGCAGGAUAAUGAUUUUAACUGCAGUUAAGUAAAAACAUUACUGCACAGUUGAUCGUGGAUAAUCCCACACUUCCACUGUUUGCGAAUGUCAGCAGUUAACAUGAAAGGAUCUAAACUGCCACACAAUUUAGAAGGAAAGGUCCAUCAUGGAUUUAUGGUAAUAGAUUAGAAACUGCCACAAAACUAAUGGGAUAAAACAGGGUUCUCUUUAAAUGUAAUGUACUUCUUUUUCUCUGCCUUUCUCCCAGGAACUGGCAGUUUUAGUAUUUAGCUUGUUACUUUCAUGUACUCUGUCCUUUUCUGUAUGCAAUUUCAAAAGAGGAUUGUGACACAAUGCUUAGGUUAGUUGAAUGUACUGUAUAAUAAAGAACACUAACGCUAGGAGUUAGCAUACAUAGUCUCUUUUUGCUUUCCAUCAUGUUUAUGAACUGUUUCCUGCGUCAGUUGCAGUUGGUACAGUGCAGCGUUCUGUGUGUCUGCAUCAUACAGCUGAACCCCAUCAUUCAUUACUCUGUGCUUCACCUGUAGAUUGUGUAGGGCAGGACUUUGAUAUAUGAAUGCAUGUGUGUGAUGUGAGGGGAGGUUAUGAGUGUAUAUAUACUUUUAGUACAUACACAUGAACUAUAUACACACUCAUGCUCACAAGUGUAUUAAAUAUACCCAGAGUACUUUCCAACUAUGUGAAAAGCAUGUACUGGGUGAGGAACUGUAAAACUUUUGAUUGAAGGCACAGUCAAAGACAAUCCCUGCUCAAGUUAUAACACACGAUAGCAUCCCCCAAAUGUUAAAACAUCCUCCCAGCUCACUGUUAGUUUUAGUUGAGGUCAUUGGAGUCAGGUUUGAACCCAGUCCAUGUCAGACCCAUUCAGGUAUUAGAUUGGUUGACAAACAGACCCUGCCCCGUUCAGGUAGUUAGUUCUAAGUUUAGACUGUAAAAAUUAAUGAGUAUACUUGACUCAUAUUAGGGACUAAAAGUUGAGAUAUUUAGUUAAACUCUGUUGCUAGUAAGUGACACCAACUUUAUGAAAGUACAACAUUUAAUCACUUAAAUGCCACUUUGAUUGGCAGUGGCAUUCCAGAGUCACAAUUUGGUUGGCAUCUGUCAGUUUUCCUGUUAGUACAAAAUGAUUAAGCACAUUGAUCUCUUGUUUAGUAGCUCCUAAAACAAUUUCCUACUACAGUUGGUAUAUAGCACAUACUGUCCUUUUUGGGAAUCGUAUUCAUAGUAUGUAUUUUGGACAGCAAAGGUUUAAGAAUAUUGCGAGCUAGAAGGAGAUGCCAACAUUUGGGGCCCCUAUUGCGUACUAUAACAAAAUCUAGGAGUGUGUCUUUAAAAGAAUAAUUUAGCUACAAAAUUAUCAUCUGUAUAUCAAUUACUCAUCCUGUGUUAUGUUGAAUUAGUGAAGAAAACUUUCAGGCAUACCUCCAAGCAAGCCUCUUUGGUGAAGAAACAAUCCAAAAACUUGAUGAAUUGGGGUGAAAGGUCCCUGCAUUUAACAACAGCAAAAAGGUAUGCAUGCAUUUGAACUCUGCUGGUGCACUCCAUUGAGCAGAGUUCUAAAUCACAAUCUUGCCCAGGUGCUCUACUUGUCCAUGCGUGAGACUGUUCGGGUUUGGGUGAACUUUUAAGUUUUAAAUGAAUAAAAACUAACAUAAUCUGGGCUUUUGUUUUUUUGUACAAAGCAGAAACUACUGUCGGACUGAAAUGGAUUUGUUAAAGUCUGAGACAAGCAAAAUCUGCGAUUUCUUUCUAAACACAUUAUACAUGUUAGCAAAUACUUGUUGAAAACAUGAAAAGACUGUGAACUGUGUAGUACUGAAGUGUGGAGUUAGACUGUUCAACCGUUUUGUUCUGUUUGCAAGACAACACACUGGAGCCGUCCUUAACAUAACCUUGCAGUUAAUACGACUGACAUUUGAGCUCAUGGUAUCAGUGUCGUUACUUUCUCCCACUUUGUCGGUGGUGAUUUUGCUACGUUCCACGAGCUCUCUGUCAUUUAACAGAGAUGUUUAUUCAUAUUUAUUAGACUGAAAGAACUUGGUCAUACAAACACAAGCUAAACAGCUGUCACUAACAGACCUUUUAGUUUUUCUGGAUGAAUCAGCUACCCAGCCUGGCAGCAGUUACUGCUCACUGCUGUGGGUGUGUGCUUUGUGCUAAUGUUAGCUGCUGUUAGCUGCUGAAUGAGAGGCUAUAGCCAAGCAGCGGCUCUCAUAUCCCGGUUCAGAGGGUUUGUACUGGACAUAUGACUGAAUGAAUGAGACUAAACAGAUAUUGUGAUCUGGUGUAGCUGUUGGACCUCAACGACUUCCAUUCAUCAAGAAAUUUUCCAUUUCUGGAUUUGUCAUUCACUGGGGGCAUGCGAGGAAAAAAAAAAAUUCUUCAGGAAUUCAGUGUAACAGGGCGAGUCAUUAAUAUACAAAUGGGCAUUUUGUGGAUGAAGUGCUCCUUUUAACUCCAUUUAUUUCACAUCUGCUAUGAACACUCACCCUCCCUUACUAUUACACAGCAACAAUAUUACAAACAAGAACAAGAGUUGCUCUGUAUUUGUAUAAUAAGGAAAAUAUAUAUGCCUAUAUAUACACAUGUAUUAAUGUAUUAGUCCAACCUGGAGGGGAUUUUUAUCUUUGACAUGUCACAUUAAAUGAAACAAGAAGACUUCCUGUCAAUAUUUUACAACCAAAUAAUAGUGUUUGUGUCUUCAUUUAUGUCCUGAUAGAUUGUAAAACUUGUCAGAUAAUACUACUGUGUUUUACUGGAGAAACCAAAUGUCACCUCUACUCAUAUGUCACACUAUGUCAUCAUUUGACAUCUCAUCAUUCUAUGUAUUAUUUGCCAAAGCCCCCUUCCUCUUCAGUACCCAUCUGUCAUGUGUUGAGCCAUGAAGAUGGAUGAUGUUGUCCACACUGCAAACUUAAACUAAACUGUAAAUAAACUCCAUAAUCUAAUGACAUAAAUUGAGGGAGUGGAAUAAUUAUAUUGAAAGAUAUUUAUUAAGGUCAGGAUUUUCUCCACAGUAGUUUUCUUUUUGGUAUAUUUUGGUUUUGGUUGUAAGUUAAUUUGCAUGUUGAUUUUUUUUUUUCUUUUGUUGCCUUUUGAUUUUAGCAAAUUGUGUUUUUUUUUCUUUUUUUUGAGUCUCUAUAUUUCCAUCUUUUUGAUGCCUUUUGACAAAAAGUCAUCACGUCAAAAGCAGAUAAAACCUGUUUUCUCCUGCUUUCACACAAUCGUGGAUGGAAUUGACCCAGCCGAUCAAAGCAGUAAUGUUUUGAUAUACUGUACUGUUAACAGUCACAGAUAUGCUUUUUCUAACAUUUUAACAUGUAUGAUUACCAAUACUUUGUACAUCUUUAUUGCAAUAAAUAAAUCAAAUGAAAUCAG